AUGAACACAAAUAGCGAUACCCUUUGCAAAAACACUCAAGAAAGACAUCGCAACGGAGAGCAAGAAGUGUCGGACAGAAAGAGUGAGAAUAUAAAGAAAAUGUUGAAAUUCUCGGUCGAAAGGAUCCUAGAAGAUGACCAACACUUCAAACCUCACAAUAACUUUCAACUAAACCAAGACAUGAAUGCAUACAUUGAUAGUCGUUCAGUGGUAUCCCACACAAGUUCGGCACAGCCUAAAUACAUGGACUCAUACUAUCUCUCGCAAUGUAUUGCCGUUAAUAAUCCAAUGGUUUCGCCGUACAAUUACGAGUGGUAUACUUAUCGCAACAGUUUGGGUCCCUAUCCGACCGAUUCGUACGCCAGUCAUCACAACACUCUUCACAGUCUUUACAAUCACUCGAAUGUGAGAAAUAGCGACCAAUCGGCCAAUCAGUCCGCUAAGAGGAAGAACUCCGGAAGAGCUGUCUUCCAUUCGCUUCAGAGGAAAGGUCUUGAAAAACGAUUUCAAAAGCAAAAGUACAUCACUAAACCUGAGAGACAAAACCUGGCUCAGUCUCUAAACCUCAGCGACUCUCAGGUCAAGAUGACAGUCUAUAAUAAUAGUGAAUGUCUAUAUUGGCCACAGAAUCGCCGUAUGAAAUGGAGGCACUCCAAGGAAUUCAAAGAUGAUAUCAAACAAACCUCUAAUAGAGAACAACAACUCAUUACAAGUUUCCCCACAAAUAAGGCCAAUGAAGUGACCGACAAAACGCAAACCAUCUAA